CUUAGAACUGAAUCACAAACGCGAAAUUUGAGUUCGCUAAAUAGAUCUUACUUUGCAUGACAAGUCACGUGCUCUUGCAGACUGUCUGUGGGAAUUCGACGGGGCAGUUUGGUGUAAAACAAUUAAUCGUAAACAAGAAUUAAAAAAACGCAAUCAUCAUUCCCGCAUAAAGAUUUCUAUUUAUGGCAGAAUGCGUGAUGCACGGGAACAGGUCAUGCCUUGGCGUAUUUUGCCUUUCGUUUUUCCUUUCUGGGAAUUGACGAUGGUUUUGUUUACAAUGUAAAUUCUUUCGUCACACAACGAUUCUGUCACUUGCUCCAGUCCGGGUGUAGGAAUACAUUUGACCAGCGGCUUUCAUUCGUUACCAAGGUAACCGCGUUGUUGUACUAAGGAAUGGCUGAGAGAAUCUGACUCGCCAAGUGAACAGCAAUUUACCAAUUUUCUCAUAAAUACAAGGCAAAAGAAAGUUUUCUACAUCUUCGAAGCACAGAAAUAUGGGACGUCUUCCUUAUGGACCAGGAAAUGCCCACAUUUUACAAAGUAAGGGUGCUGAUGUUGGGGUCAUGAAAUUCUACUGUACAGAAUAUUCAACCCAUUAUGGUAAAGAAGGUUUCAUUCCCCGGACUGGUCGUCAUUCAGGCACUGGAUAUCAGUCUAAUUUUAGACCAGGAGUGUAUUACAGUCGGCGCCUUGAUGAACUUGAUAACCCAGCCAUGGGACGUCUUCUGACAGACAACUAUACGUCCAUAACCAAGAAACAUUUUUUGCCUUCCAAAGGAUCAGGUGGCUCUGAUCCUUUUUCGAGAGGGCUCUACAUGACAGCAACAAGUGGAUUUGUGAAGGAUAUUCCUGUCACUAUUCCAAGAUCAAGACAGGUGAGUGAUGUACACAUUGACACCAGGGCAAAAGGAACAGUUUAUCCAUUUCACCGUCCCCUGCUGCACACUCUGAAACAGAAGGAUCCUAUCUCCAGAGAAAAUGCUUUCCAUGGACCAAGUUACAUGUCAACUGAAAGCCAUACAAGUUUCCUUGGAAAACCCAGUCAGAGAAUGGACACUUCAACCAAGAGUGUGGGAUACAAAGAAGGAUCAGGCUUUACACAUGCUUAUAAUGACGAGCCAAUCACUUUCAACCCAAUGGAGGCUCAUGAAGGAAUAAGAGAUCCACGAUGGACACACAGGCCAACAGGCUUCAGUAUUAUGAAGAAAGAUUUUCUUCCAGUUGAAUAUCUUCAUGGCAAUGAGAGUUUACCAGUUUUGUCUAAUGGAUCAGAACGAGGCACUGGGUUUACUCAUGGCACAAAAGCAAGGCCAGUUUUUUAUUCAAAGGUGGGACAGGAUUACACAAAGCUUGGCGACCUUCACCCUCGGGUCCAAGAGCGAGUGAAGAAGAUGGAUCCAGCUGAGUAUUCUAACAUGGUUAACCCUCAUGCUUUCGCCAGCACUGCCAAGAUUUCAUUCAAAGGCAAACAGAGAAAUGAUCCUACGGAAGCAGAGAGACUGGGUAAUACAUCCACAGGAACAAAGGAGCCGACAGGAUACAGCGAAAAUAAUGACCAGUAUUUUGAGACAGCUGAGACUACAGACUCUCUUAAGAGAUUUGAAACUCAUUAUAAUGCCAAGCAUUAUGACAUGAAUCCACGGGGCGAGGACCGCUUGGGGACAACUGACGGCAACGUGAUGAUUCAGCUACCAAAUGGCUUCACCAAAGGAACCAGCGUCCAUACACUGGGACCUGAUGUUAACACUACAGCUGAGCUCCGCUGGCACAAGCCCUAUGUUUCUAGGAGUAUAAAGGCCAGAGAUCCCUAUUACGACGACCACACGCAUGACGCAAAAUUGCGUACCGCUGUGCCAAUAACUGCUUGAUGGGUUGAAACGGUCGUUCGUCCAGACUUUAUCACCGAUAAGAAUGAAGUUACGAAGUAGUCGUACCCAACUUUUUUUCGUUUUCAGUUUAACUUUAAUAAUGUUUGCCAUUUCAUACAUUCUGUAGGUCGAAAAUCAGUGUUUGGUGAUAGUAAAUUGAAGAAAUAUUCGUUCAGAGAUGUUCGUUCUAGUUCUACACCCCCACUUAUCGAAAACAUACAUUAUUUUGGACAAAAAGUCUGAAAUCCAUUUCCGUUUACAAAAUUGCGUCAUGAUAAAAGGGUAAGGAGCGAACAUCUUUCAAAGCUACCCUCCCUUGUACAAGGUCGUGUAUAGAACUAAAACGCUGCAUCACUUUUCAUUUUUUAUUUUCCUUUUUUUACUGAGAAAUAAAUCUAAAACGAUUGGAUGGGAACGUAGCCAAAGCCACUGAAUACAUGAGAGCACAAACUUUAAUCAUCAACAACAACCAAGUGUAUCAAAAAUAUUUUGUUUUAUUUGUCAAAAGUAGCAAAUUUACUAAUCCUUAAACUAAGAAUAAAGAGAACAUAAAUUUAA